CUCCUUAUCCUGUUUCCCUACCCAACAAAACAAUACAAAAAAUGAGAAAAAUAAAAAUUCAGCAGGAGUCAGAAGCUCAAUCUUUAUCUUCUCUUCAUCACCAUGGCAGAAGCUAUUAUGAGCUUUAAAGUUAUCAACCCUCACAUCCACCAUAAGCCUUCUUUCCAUACAUCAAGAUUGGAAUCAAAACCACUCAGGCAGUUUUCAGGCUCAAGAUUCACCAAUGACUUCCAUCUGCAAUCUGUUGGUGAAAACAGCAAAAGGAGUAGAUUGAAUGCUCUACCAGAUUUGACACUAAUGGCAGUUUUAGUUGAGCACAUGGAAGGCCAAAGAGACCUCAUCACCCACAAAUCGAUAUGGCAUCUUAACGAUCAAACCAUCAAGAACAUAUAUACUUUGUACAUAAUGUUUACGGUUUGGGGUUGUUGUUUCUUCGGUUCAACUAAGGAUCCGUAUUAUGAUUCAGAACAUUAUAGGAAAGACGGAGGAGAUGGAACCGGGCAUUGGGUGUAUGAAAAGCAAGAGGAUAUAGAAGAAAAGGCAAGAGCGGCAUUGUGGCGUGAAGAGUUGAUUGAGGAGAUUGAGCAGAAGGUUGGGGGGCUACGCGAGUUGGAAGAAGCGAAAGAGGAGGAGCUUGUCAAGUGAUGAAAAUGAAAUGUUUUAGAGUGGAAUGUUGUUCAUACUUAUAUACUAAUUCACUCGCUAAGCAUGAAAUAUGAAAAUUAGUCAUGUCUAUAUAGUUUCAUGUGGAAAAACGGACCUACAUACUCGCAUAAGUAUUGAUGAUAUAUAUAUUUAACGACUAAACAAUGUUCAUAAAUCA